GAAUCUAUAGGUAUACGAGACUGCCGUGAGAUGAUAGUUGCGAGAACAACUUUACGAGCUCUGCUUGUCUGCGGCGGAGGAAACUGUAACAUGUUCGUGAGUUCUGUUUCCGCCGCCUCCGUUAUGAAAAGUCCGUAUGAGAGAACGAAACCGAUGCGAAUUCAUGAUUGGUGCGGCCGUUUUGGUGAUUUUAAGAUUGGUUCUAAGCAUGUGCAAGGAGAUUUCAAAUUGAGGUGGAGGAGGAUGAGUUCUGCAUCAGCGACGGAGAAUAAAGAUGAAAAUUCGACGGUGAAGAAGGAUCAAAAUGGCGGUGGAUCGGUGGCGGUUCCAAGUUAUUGGGGAAUAGAGACAGCAAAGAUGAAAAUUACUCGGAAAGAUGGAUCGGAUUGGCCUUGGAACUGUUUUAUGCCAUGGGAGACUUAUCAAGCAAAUUUGUCGAUAGAUUUGAAGAAGCACCACGUUCCGAACCGACAAAAUCGCUUACCGGAUAGUCAAGCUCCUCCGUAUUCCCACAGAUAUAUUUUUCCAGGCAUGACCCUCGUAUAAUAUUUCAAAUUUUAAAAAUGAAUCCUUUUUCAUUUAA